AUGUCCGAGAGGUCGGGUGUUAUCACCGGACUUCUAAUAAUCGGAUGGAUUCUGCCCUGUAACGCAAUCAAAUCGCAGUUUGAGGUAAGACCCAGUCGAACAACUUUCUUUAAUCGUGCAGGCAAAUUGCUUUCCCGGGUGUACUUGUAGCCCAGAAGAAUACAAAUGUGUGGGUCUAGGUGAGAAGACCACGGAUGUGUUUAAGAGCAUACGCCCUGAGGUAUACCAUGAUCUGGAUACUGUAAUCGUGACAGGAAAUCAAUUUGGCGAUCUUGAGGCCGAGAACUUGUUUGGAAAUAACGUGAGACAUCACCGCUUGACUUUAUUGGAUCUGUCCAAUAAUCAUCUCACCUCGUUUGGGAUCCAAACAUUAAUCGGGGCCUCCAGGGUCGAAACGCUCAAGCUAGACCAUAACGAUUUGACCGCCUUCGCUGACGAUCAACCACUCAAUUUCUUAACUUCACUCAGAAUCAUCGAUCUCACCGAUGCUUUCGGGGCACAUGCCAGUGUAAAAAAACGUGCAGAUCUGGUGAGGACCUUGUUUAGAAACAACCACUCCUUCACAGACCUUUAUGAGGUAAACCUAAGUAACAACCAGCUUCGAUAUCUCCAUCCAGAAACCUUCUGUAAUGUAAGAAUCUUCAAACAAGAAAAGCAAGCACUUUAGGUCAAAGGAUUGAGUCGGCUAAUCUUGACGAACAAUCAGAUUAGUGACUUCCAAAUUGCGGACGGUUGUUUGGAAGGCCUAGCGUCCCUGGAACUUCGACUAAACCGUUUUAUUUCCAUACCCAGCCAUAUCUGGAAGUCUUUGCCAUCGUUAAACACACUGGACUUCUCUAAAAAUCCACUUGCAUGCGACUGUGGCUUACAAAGUUUUCAUGAAUUUGCGCUUGACGAAGCCAAUUCGUUUCUUUCUCAAGUAAGCGGCAGAGUAAAGUGAUUUAAUGUUUUAGGGAGAGACUUUAUGCUCAACUCCAGAAAAAUACAAAGGCAGGUCCGUAUUCGACGUUGAAGAAAACUUUUGCCGUGGGAACGGCGGAGUUUUUCAUUGGUUUGUGCUUUUAUUGCUGGCCACUGUGAUUUUAUUUGGUUACAAAGAAUACAGGAAAAGAGGAAAGGCCAUAAAUUUCAAGAUUUUCCAAGGAUACUCACAACUACAAACGGACAAUGGAAAUCAGCCCGCGUUUGUUUAA